CAUUUGGCUUAGUGCACCCACAGACACACACACACACUCAGCGACUCAGUACAUUAUUCCAUCGUGAGCAGCCUGAGGGACGCAGGAAACAGCCGACUGUAUCCACUGGACCUGAACUACACCACAGAUGGGGCCUGGAUUGUUUUGGAACUUCCCUCCCAAGGCUGGCUGCACGGUUCCACAGAGCCUCCUGCAGACCAUGUUGCUGUCCAGAAUGGCGGGGUUGAAGGAGCAGCAGUUCACGGAGGAGAAGCCCCUGCUGCCGGAGCAGCGAGGGGCCGACUCAGACAUGCAGGAUAAAGGAGGGGAGGCAUCGGGGGGGUUACCGUGCCCCGCUGCGCCCCCCACCAACCCCCCUCCCCCCAGCCGCUCAGCUCACCGCUGGCAUGUGAUCGCACGCCACUGGCUCCGCACGACGCGCAGUCGGGCCGGCGGGGUCAUCCCGGAGAGCUGUGAACAGCUGAUGCCUCCGGGGGAUUGGAAGGAACAUGAUGUUGAGACUCCUUAUGGGAUGCUGCACGUGGUGAUCCGCGGCGCACCCAAAGGAAACAAGCCUGCCAUCCUCACCUACCACGAUGUGGGGCUGAACCACAAGCUGUGCUUCAACUCCUUCUUCAACAAUGAGGACAUGCAGGAGAUCACCAAACACUUUGUAGUGUGCCACGUGGACGCACCAGGGCAGCAGAUAGGAGCCUCACAGCUGCCCCCAGGGUACCAGUACCCCACCAUGGACCAGUUGGCCGGAAUGCUGCCCACUGUGGUGCAGCACUUUGGAUUUAAGAGCAUUGUUGGGAUCGGAGUUGGAGCUGGAGCUUACAUUCUGGCCAAGUUUGCUCUGAUCUUCCCUGACAUGGUGGAGGGUUUGGUCCUGCUCAACAUCGACCCCAACGGAAAAGGCUGGAUUGACUGGGCUGCCGGCAAGCUGACAGGUCUGACCAGCGCUCUGCCAGAUACUGUGCUGCCUCACCUCUUCAGCCAGGAGGAGCUGAUGAACAACACAGAGCUGGUGCAGAGCUGCAGGCAGCAGAUCAACAACACCGUCAACCAGUUCAACCUGCAGCUCUUCUGGAACAUGUACAACAGUCGGAGGGACCUGGAGAUGAAUCGCAGCGGAGCGGUGCUCAACGCCAAGACCCUGAAGUGUCCUGCGAUGCUGGUGGUGGGAGACAACGCUCCGGCGGAGGAGGGCGUGGUGGAGUGCAAUUCCAAACUAGACCCGACCAACACCACCUUCCUGAAGAUGGCUGACUCUGGAGGACUUCCCCAGCUCACACAGCCUGGGAAGCUGACUGAAGCCUUCAAGUACUUCCUGCAGGGAAUGGGCUACAUCGCUUAUGUGAAGGAUCGGAGGUUGAGUGGAGGGCCAGUGCCCUCGGCCAGUAUGACCCGCCUGGCCCGCUCCAGGACCACCUCCCUGACCAGCGCCAGCUCGAUCGACGGGUCCCGCCCCCGCGCCUGCACCCACUCCGACAGCACAGAGGGGGUGGGCCCCGUCACCCACACCAUGGAGGUCUCCUGCUGAGGAGUCACAGAGAGAGAGGGUGGGAGGGGUAGAGGGGGGGGGGAAGAAGCAAGAUGGAGAUGAAGACACAAUGGUGGGGUUUGAGAAUCAUGAGGGAUGAAGGUGUCUCUGUAGUCAAACAUCGUAUAUGGUAGAAGCAGCAACAGGAAGCCCUCUCUGCUUCAUCCAACCCCUCCAGAUCCUUUUAUCUGACAUCCCCCCCCCACUGUAAAAUACCAUACGUGUUGCUACUAAAACCCCAACCACACCUUUUAAUGUCACUUCAAGAUUUAGGCAACUGUUUUUGUUGUUCUUUGUGUUUUGUAACGGAUUAUUUGCCUGCCCCCCCCCCCCAAACCUCCACAAACAAAGGGAUGUAAAUGAGUCAAUCCACACAGCAAUAUGUGUAAUAAGCUACUGUUUAUAAUGUGAAAUGGGGAGUGGUCAGAGAAAGUGAAAGUGCAGGACCUAGAAAGGAAAGCAGUGUUAAGCAUCAGUGUUUUACAAGCAGGGUAUUCUUCUGUUGUCGUAUGGAUACAAAGUAAACUCUCUCUGUGUUGUUUGUAACAAAUAGUUCUUCUCUUUAUGAAUGCGUGUCAGAGUGUGUCCAGAAUUAGACAGAUAACAGAACACAGCCUAGCGUAGCCGAGUGCACCUGUAGUGCUUAGAGAGGAUGCUCUCUUAGUCUAAGAUCAUAGCUAGAGUUCACAAUGCAGACAUUAAAGCUGCACUUGGUAAAAGUUUAUAUCCAAUUUACGCUGAAGAAAAAAAGUGCUAUCAUCAGCAUACUGUACAUGCGAUUCAGGCCGCCAUUCGUGACUUCCCUGAGACCACUUGAGGUGAAUUGGGUUUUGUUUGAUGAAGAGACAAAUCUGUCUCCUAAGAAGAACUUAAAAGUGGUAUCUUCAGAAAACGCUCUGUUCCAUUUGGUCUGAUACUGAUUCGUUUCGGCCCUUUGGAGCCGUAUUAUUGCUGAGUGCAGCUUUAAACUAUGUGUUUCACAUUUCUAAUCCAAUCCACUAUGUGAGUAUAGGCUAGAAUAAAUACUAAUUAGUGUAUGCAUGUCAACGUGAAGGUUUAUCUUAACGCAUUCUAGUUUUUGAGCAGUGUUUAGUGUUAGGGCAUCAUUCAUUAGCAGUGUACAGUAUUAGUUAAAUAGAGCCAUCAUCAGUAUCUAACUCCAUUGCAGCGGUCCUGGCCGUAGUCGGCUCUUUGUGGUCUCUAACAUGACAAUCACACACUGACCCACACCAAACCAGACCAGGGGGGCCGAUGCCGGAACGGACCCACCCACCCAGCUCGGGUCGCCACCAAAUAACUCACAGCGCCCAGCUCUCUUAGUGGAUAUACCAAAGCUACCCCGACCCCACCACACACACACUAUCCAACCAGAAACAUAUUCCCAUGCACACACACACCCAUAUGACACCUAUGUGGGCUUUGCUUUGUAAGGGAACUACGUUAAAGAGUGAAACAUAAAGUCCAUCGCUAUAUGGUUAGUUUGUACUUUGAUGUGAUGUGUAAUCUCCCUAGUAAAGCACAUCAAUAUUAGUAUAGUUUUAGAUUAGUAGAGCUGUGCACUGUUAUCUGCUGUAACACUGGACCCCCCUGUCGAUCAGUUUUUUCUGAUCUAUUUUGCUUAGUAAUGUACAGUAUGCAUACACCACAGCCACAGUCUCCUGUUUCAACUUUUACAAAAGAAACCUUCGGUCCCCUGUCAGGAGGGGCGUAGGUAGCCUGUAAGGGGCGGGGCUAUCUGGAGCCAUUUAGGCACCAAGCUCAGAAUGUAGGGCAACCCCCAGCCACCUUCAAAAGAAGAAACCCUUUCCCCUCAAAAACGCGGUGCCCCGGCUUUUACAGGCAGACCCAGUCGCACCCUAAAGGGCUAUCAGCUGAAGUCACUUUUUAAAAUGCUCGUAGUGUUUGUUGUGUGUAGUCUUUUGUUACCUAAACACAGAGAGAGAUUCUGACGUGAAAAAUGGGGAAUGAAUGUGAGAAGAAUGUGAUGUUGAUUAAGCUGAAGAGAUUAUUGUUGAAUCAUUUGAAAUAUCCAUGAAUUAAAUAGUUAAACUAGCCUGACAUUAAAGAAGAGAAGAUAAGUCAGAUCAAGCGCCUCACACUGAAAAAACUGAAAUGUUGACUUUAAUUAAAUGUAUUGUGUCAACAGAUUUCAUAUGUAUGUAUUAAGUUAGUUGAAAGUAUUAUAUUAAGUUCUACCUAAUUGUUUUAUUUCAACUUAAUAUUAUUGCCUUCAACUAACCUUUCAUUUUUUUCAGCGCAGUUACUAGACGUAUCCAGUCAUGUUUUCUCUCUUUAUGAAGCUUUUCUCUGCCAUAUACACUUUGGUUUCCUCCUACUCAACCUUUACCCGUACUGCCUGGGGGGCUCCUGAAUGUAUUUUGUCCUUUUUCAAAGUGCUGUACAGUAUUGCCAACCUACGCCUCUCAGAACCCCAUACCAUGUUUUGCACUCUAUCCCUGCUUUUUUGACAUUUAAACCUGUUUAUGAAAACCCUGCUCUAUGAAUAGUGUGGAAGCUCCUGUCAGCUGGCCGUUUGAACAGACCUUAGUUCUCCUCGCACUUGUAGAUACUUUUAUUUAUAGAGCAGGUUACCCGAACACUUUAACACUUCUGUAAUGUGAAGGAAACGUUUGUCUGUUCUUCUUUCCUUGGAGUUCCUUCUUUUUUAUAGGCAACCAUAGGAUGUUACUUCAUCUUGGUAUUAUAAUAUUGUGUUCUUCUAAUAUACUUCUUCAUUAUACUGCCAUUAUGAUUGAUUUGUAUUAAGCAAUACAUUUUAUUUUGUUGGUUGUUUCAUAUUGUGGGAGUCUUCCCUCUCAGUUAUUCUAUUCAUACCAGUACAUUGGCUCUUACCUACUUUGCUGUCAUUCAGAUGUGUAAUGUAAGGUUUAAAAUAUGUUAUAUACACAUAAAGUAAGCUGUCUCUGUCCAUGUACUGAUAAAGUAACAAGUAAGAAAUAAAGACUUUACGUCUAGAA